CCGCCAAAUUUUUUUGAAAACACAAGUCAAGGAGAAAUCGAGUGCUCGCAGCGCUGAUUGAGGCGGGGGAUUGGAUCCGGGGGCCGAGUGAGCGAGGGAGUGAGGGAGGGAAGGGGAGAGGCAUUGCGCGAGGAGGUGCUGCGGGCGCAGGUGCAGGGCUGAGUGUGGGACCACGAGAGGACGGAGCGGGCGUCGAGAACGAGACGACGAGAGAGAGGAGGAGGCGGAAGGGGAAGGCGAGUGGGAGAUGGUGGUGAUGUGUUUCAUGUGGGCUUAGGGGAGCACAAGGAGAAUCCGAGGGAGAGGGAAGCGAGUCUUGUUGAGAUCCUGAGCCCCCGGGAGGUUUGUGCUCCUGCUCGCUCGCUUGCUUGCUUCGUGGCUGGCUCCGCUGGCUGGCUGGCUGCAACUGCUACCACCAUCGCGAUGAUGCGGUUCUGAUUUGAACUGCGAUCGCCUCUUGUGUCUGUCACGUUGAGACGUUGGGGUCGGUGGGUGGGGAGGUGGGAGGGGGGAGCGGACGAUCGUUGCGAGCGGCCGAAGAGCGAUUAGGGGGAUUAUUCGAUUGGGGCGAGAGAGGAGAUCAAGAGAUGGUCGAUUGGGCAGGUUGACAUUGGGGAAUUAGGCGGGGCGUGGAGUGAAGGGAACGAGAGCUGCUUUGCGUUGUCCGUUCCCUCGGGUAGAGUAGUGGAAAGAGAGGGAGAUAGGAGAAGAGGAGAUCGCGGUAUGGUGGCAUGCUUUGUCCCCUCAGCUGCUCCAGGCAAUUAGCUGGACAUUGAGGAAGCGAUCUUUGGUUCAAGAGGUUUUUUUCCCGUGUCAAGAAUGCAGAGGAAUCAAAAUUUGGCGGAAAGGUUAGGGUUCGAAGUCAAGUCCGUGUGUGCAUUGUUACCAGAUUUGAUUCUUUGACAACAAGCAGCAAAGAAUUUGCAAGUGGUAUAAGACAGGGGUUGAGCCCGCCAUAUCGACGGGCUUUCACGAGGUAUCUGAAGAAGGAUUAUUCGCGAGAACGUUAACACUUUUGUUGAAGCGGCCGGCUGGGCGGGCAUAAUGCUUACUGGUGCUGGAAUCAAGCCGCUCAGGGAAUGCAUGUAGAUCUGCGAGAGUCACAUUGUUCUUGACUCUGCCGAACGCGGGAGCUGCAUCGGUGAUCUAGCGUGAAUUCGAGAUUCUACUUUCUGGUGUGAUAUUUUGAGAUUGACACCAUGGUUGAAGCCCCAGAUGCACAGACUGGACAAACAGCGGCUGAGGCUAAUAGCAAUCAUGAGGAGAAAAGAUGGUCGAUCGAUGACUUCGACAUUGGGAAGCCUUUAGGCCGCGGGAAAUUUGGCAAUGUGUACUUGGCUCGAGAGAAAAGGAGCAAAUAUGUCGUGGCGCUAAAAGUGUUGUACAAGAAUCAGUUGGAGCAGUCGCAGGUGGAACACCAGUUGCGUCGCGAGAUCGAAAUUCAAAGUCACCUUCGUCACCCCAAUAUUCUACGUCUGUACGGAUAUUUCUACGACCAGGCGCGAGUGUACCUUAUCUUGGAGUACGCUGCCAAAGGAGAGCUGUAUAAAGAGCUACAACGCUGUAGAGUCUUUACGGAAAGGCGGGCCGCAGCAUACAUCGCAUCACUGGCGCACGCCUUAAUUUAUUGCCAUGAAAAGCAUGUCAUCCACCGUGAUAUAAAGCCAGAAAAUUUAUUGGUGGGAAUCAAGGGCGAAUUGAAGAUUGCGGAUUUUGGCUGGUCCGUGCACACUUGCAAUAGAAGAAAAACUCUGUGUGGAACUCUUGACUAUCUUCCUCCUGAGAUGGUGGAGGGAAAAGAGCACGACACAGGCGUAGAUGUGUGGAGUCUUGGUAUUCUCUGCUUCGAAUUUCUCUACGGGUUCCCGCCUUUUGAAGCUGCCAAACAUUCAGAGACAUACAAACGCAUCAUUCGAGUUGAUCUCAAAUUUCCACAAAAACCUGUUGUAUCAGCCGCCGCCAAAGAUCUCAUCUGCAAGCUUUUGGUGAAGAAUUCUACUUUAAGGCUACCUCUUAAACAAGUCCUCAGCCAUCCAUGGAUUGUAACUAAUGUCGGUCCCAACGGAAUCGCGCCGACAGGUCAGACAGCUGUCGUCUGAACUCCUCGACAGCUCUUACACAUGUACUUUUUAAAUUUAACACUGACACGCCCAUUCACCUGAAAAGACUUUCACGUUAAAGUAGGCCUUCAGACUAUCACCCCCUGGGCAUGCCCUAACACAUUGUUCUUCUUUGAAAUGGGGAGGAGACUUCAAGAGACACCACAAGUUAAAUUUGUGCUUGUCCUUGCCUCCCUGAGGUGUACCAACUUCCUGAGUGGACGUCGGUGUGAUUUCUGGAACUGUGUACCGUGUACCUAGUGCAGUUUGAGUGAGUGAUUUCUGCCCGAUCCGGUGAGGGUACUGCUUGCUUGAUUGGGAGGUGAGUGAAAUAACCUACAGUACUGGUCCAUUUCAGACCCCCCUGAGGGAUCCGCCGCUGGGUCAUGCCCCUUUCAGGAUGGAAACAGGUUCAAGCUCUGAGCUAUCUUCACACUAGUUGCUGGUGGCGUGUCGAAAGCCAUACUAAAUUUGCUACAUAGAGCCUGCUGCGGGUAUGAGGAGCAAAUUUGCAUAUACAUGCAGAUUGUGCUCUUAGCUCCCAAAACUUUGUGGAUUCAACAUGGUCUGGGUUGAGACAUUGAUACACUUAGCUAGUGUGUGUAUAAUCGACUUCAAGAGCAUCAGCCAUCGCUGCAGCUUGGCCAAUAUUUGAUGCCUAUGAACGCCGGGCAAGCUCCUGCGGACCUAGGUUAUUUUUCUUACUAUUUACUUGUGUACCUAAGGAGACAUCAUGAUAUGACAAACAGAUUGUCAUUUGCUGUAAUGUUAUGAUAUAAAAAGUGUGCUCAUUUCAGCAUCU